UGGCCAUCUAUAGUCAUCCAUAUUGCCACACUAUCCUUCAAGGAAAGCUUACUAACUUGCUACCAGUACCAUAAUCGCCUGUUAGUUGGUCAUUUUGGGUUGCGACCGCCCAAUAUCGACGGGAAGCCGGUUUUAAACGUGGACUCUUUACGGGUCAUCUUAAUAUUCAACGUAGCAUAUGAUACCAACAUCUUUCCUCUCGAGCUACAUGGUCUCAACUUGUCCGGCUGUUAUAUGAUUCUUUGUUAUACUGGAGCACGGCCGGCGGAGCUUGUAAACAACGAGAGGAAGAAACCUACAGACGGUUUCCUUGAGAGCUUCAUGGUGCGAAAGCGGUCAUGUCAGCUGGGUGCGCCGGUAUCGAGGCUGAAGAGGACGAUGACACUCUGGAGGAAGAUUCCAGUGAACUCUGCAAGCUUCUUUUGCGAGAGACGAUCGGGCGUGAUCGUCCAAAGGCGCUCUGCUAUGAGGACAUCCUCAUGAUCUCGUCAGGCGAACAAAACUUCUUGUCAGGCAAAGGGUCUGCAGGCUACACGGCUCCUAUUGACCGUAAUGUCCCACUAGAGCUUGCGCCUGAAUUAUCGUCAAGGAUGGCGCAAGCAGCCAUGACAGUCAUAAACGUGUGCGAGGACUUCAUUUAUGAUGGGAGACCUAAGGAAUAGGCAGGAAUAAUACUCAAUUUUGCGCAACAAGCACAUGUUCUACUUUUACCAGAUUUCUUGUCACCAUGAUAUAUCUUUACGGCGAUACUAUUUCGCUCCAAACGAUC